AUGAUUCCCGUGGAUUUCGCGUUUACUGCGACUUCGUCAUUUUUUAACUUGAGACUUGACCGUUCUCGCUGCAUAAAACAUGCUCCCUCUAGAAAGUCUCGUUCCCUCUAUGCCGCCUUCCAAAUCCAGUACUUUCUAGCGUCAUCUUCAGCAAUUCUAGUGUACGACUAUCUUCUCACAAUUCGGCUGGAAAUCGAGCUUGUCUGGCUCUCCCCGUUCAAUUGGAUCUCAAUUGUGUAUCUCAUACAAAGAUACCUGCCAUUCGUGGACACGCUCGGGGCCAGCGUACUCUUUUUGUAUGGUAUCUAUAAUCCGACAUUGUCGACUGGAAAGUGCGACAUGAUCAAUCACCUUGGUCUUUGGUUGCACAUCAUCGGGAUUACAUUAUCGGAAAUCGUACUCGCAACAAGAGCAUAUGCUGCAUGUCAAGUCAGAUUCAGCAAAAGACCAUUGUUGAUUACAUUUUCAAUCCUUGCUGCCCUAUUUUGGAUUCCUUUCUGGGUGACGGGUAACAUUGGCCAUGGGGAGGGGUCGCCAGGCAAUUUCUGCGCCAUGCAUUCACAUUCUUCCCAACCUUUCUUUUUUCUCACAUACGUCUGCGCCGCAGCCCAUGGAAUAGCAAUGCUAACAAUGAUGAUCAUUGCGGGAUACCCAACCUAUAAAGCGAAACAAGACUCAGGAUUGUUUCGUGUUGUCUACGGUGAUAGUAUUGUGUACUAUGCGACUCUCAUUUUUGUUAUUUUUGCUAAUGUGGUCGUGAUGUUUACCGCUCCGGUGAACUUCGUCGCCCUCUUAAUGCCGUUAACAAGAGUCGUGCAUGCUACAUUGACGAGUCGUACUCUUCUUCACAUCCGUGAGACGAUGGCUCGCAAGGUUCAUUUCGAGAUCGACAUGGGCGCGCUCAACUUGGACAUGGGCGCUGACGAGCGGGAAAUGUCGACAAUCCAUUUCAAUUUAGAAGGAGGUGGUCCAAUUUACUCCGAAUCGAGAUCACAAUGA